AUGGUCUUCAAGAACAUAUUCACCUCUCCAAAGAAGAAGGACAACUCCAAAUCACGUAGGACAGGGGAUACAGAAUCAUCACCCCGGCAUUCGGAAAGUCCAUCUCACUCCUCCAAGCCCCCCUCGAAGCACUCCAGGCAUCGCACAAUAUCUCCACUUUCACGCUAUCCAGACCUGUCAAAAAGAUCAAGAUCACGAAGACCGUCAUACGAAUCUACCAGUAGUGAUAUUCACCCUCUCAAUCUCCCUCCUGCAGAGCGGGAGCGCCGACGCUCGGCUAUGUCCACCACAGACGAGUCCGCCGACAUGUCGUCGCCUAACGAGAAUGCAACAAGUGAAGCAAACAGAUCGCCAGAAUACUCGCAUGCAAAUGGAGAAAAAAGUCCAACUCCUCCACCCCACAAGAUGUCGUUUUCCAAACCCAAGCCAGAUCUAGAUCCAGAAGCCUGCAAGGCCUCGGGCAACAAAUACUUCAAAGCCAGGGACUUUACAAGAGCUGUUCAAGAAUACUCAAAAGAAACAGCCCUCUCGGUAGAGCCUAAUUCAGUGACUUAUUUGUCCAACCGCGCUGCAGCUCAGAUGUCGGCAAACCGGUUCUCCGAAGCACUUGAAGACAUACAGAGGGCUUCUUCAAUAGAAUCAGACAAUCCGAAAGUAUUACAGAGGCAAGCACGGGUUCUGACGAGUUUAGGACGUCCUUCUGAAGCAUUGGAUGUCCUUGACCGACUUUCGAGUCUCACAGAAGUGUCAUCCUCAGACAUGAAUUUAGCCUCGAACAUGCAAGCACACAUACGGCAAGCUGAGCAAGCCGUCAAAGAAGGUACGACUGGCUCCAUGGCCAUCCAUGCAUUAGAUCAAGCGGACAGACUCCUCGGACCACAGGUGGAAAGACCGAGAAAAUGGCAACUCCUGCGUGGAGAAGCAUACUUGAAGAUGGGAAACAUCAAUGCCAUCGGACAGGCACAGGAUGUUGCAAUGACACUGUUACGAAAGAACCAAAAUGACCCGGAGGCUCUCGUGCUACGUGGUCGAGCGUUGUACGCACAAGGGGAUAAUGCGAAGGCCUUGAAUCAUUUCAAGACGGCUUUGAGCUGUGACCCAGACUACAAGGAAGGUCGGAAGUAUUUGAGAAUGGUGAAAGAACUCGACACCUUAAGAGAAGACGGAAACAGAUUUUACAAACUUGGCAAGUUGAAGGACGCUGUGGAAACCUACACAAAGGCUUUGGAUGUUGAUUCCGGCAAUAAGCUAGCGAACGCGAAGAUCAUACAUAACCGUGCUUUGGCAUAUAUGAAGCUCAAAGACUAUAAAGCUGCUUUGUCAGAUUGUGACCGAGCCUUGACGCUCGAUCCUUCCUUCCUCAAAGCGCGCAAAACUCGUGCAAAUGCUCUCGGUGAGUCUGGCUCAUGGGACGAUUCCGUUCGAGAAUGGAAGUCUAUAGCGGAGCAACACCCUGAGGAGACUGGCAUUAACAGCAACAUCCGUCAUGCCGAGCUCGAAUUGAAGAAGUCAAAACGCAAAGAUUUGUACAAGAUCCUCGGCGUUGCGAAUGACGCCAGUGACAACGAUAUUAAGAAGGCCUACCGAAAGCUUGCCAUCGUGCAUCACCCGGACAAGAAUCCUGGAGACGAAGGAGCUGCUGAGCGCUUCAAGGAUAUUGGCGAGGCAUACGAAACUCUCAGUGACUCGCAGAAGAGAGCCAAGUACGACAGUGGCGAGGAUUUAAUUGAUCCAAGCGAGAUGUUCGCCCAACAAGGUGGCAUGGGAGGCUUCCCAAUGGGAGGAGGCAUGGGCGGAAUGCAGAUCGAUCCAGAGAUGCUUUUCAACAUGAUGGGCAGUGGUGGAGGCAUGGGCGGUGGCCGCGGUGGAGGUCCUCAAUUCUCAUUUUCGACAGGCGGAUCGCCAUUUGGAGGUGGAGGUGGCGGAGGCGGCGGACGAAGUCGUGGAGGGCAAUCCGGGUUCUCUGGUUUCAAUGGAUUCUAG